GGCACCUUCGGUUUUUAGCAUUCUGCUGCUGCUGCUGCGCAAUUCCACUAACUUUAAAAUUAGGAUACAAGCAGCUGCAGCUUUGGCUGUCCCAGCAACCAUCAGUGAAUAUGGAAGAUCUUUUUUGGAUGUCCUUCAAGGCGUGGAGCAUGUCAUUGAAAAUCUAAGGUCGGAUCAGAUUUCAAUGCCAUCAAAUUUGAAGUAUAGGGUUGCACUUGAAAAGCAGGAGGAGAUUUAAACGGACACGUUGGAAAGGAUGGAAGUGGGUAUGAACAAAUCCAUGGAGGGCAUGGCUUUGGGGUAACAAGGGAAAAGUUGACCUCAACCAUGUUGCAUGUGCUUUCUCUUUCUUCUCAAAUUUACGAUCAUGGUGUGCACGAGUUUCUUGGCAAGAAAUCAUCAUUCCUCGAGGAGUGGCUUAAAGGGUUGUGCUUCUCAUUGCGGGCACCAAAUGAUCUGCUUGAUGCAGAGUACUCUUCCAACCGUGACAAAAAGAAAGAGAUGAUAUGCCUAGCAAUUAAGUCUUUAGUUGAGGUUUUUGAAGCCCAUGAUCUUAAUGCUAUUGCUCUCAGGUAUCAAAAACUGUGCAGUAGCAUAUGACACAUCCAUCUACACUGUUGAUUUUCUGUUGUCAUAUUGCUGCUAACAUUCUCAAGCGGAGUAUGAAAACUGGUGUUAGUUGUGGUGAUGAUGGAUUGAAUUUCUGGGCCAAUGUAUCUUUUUGCAUCUCUGAUCCUUCCCUAACCGUUUUGUUAAAAAGAAAAAGAAGUGGGAUGG